AUACCAAGCAGCUAGACUCAAAGCCUGCGCAUGAGGUUUGAUCAGGGAGCACCUCGCAUGAGCACGGAACGUGAGAACAGGUUGAGCAGGCGCCAAGCACGGCACCACCACUUGUCUCGCCAAAAGCUUGAUUCAAAGGGGUCCAAACUGCAGCAGACGUCCCAGUGCUUCGGUCAGAAACUUUCAGCUCUGGAACUUCCUGAACACACGUCGCUGAAACUCUGCUUUGAACUUCUGAUGUCACUGGUGGAAGAUUUCUGCGUUGAUGCAAGUCAUACGUCUGGUUGGCCGGCGCGUUAGCCGGAAGAACUUGCAGAGAGCUCGUGAUUGUUUGUCGGCCUUCCGCGGAAGCCGCAGCUUUUGAUGCAAAGCUGUGCGGUUCAAAUCCCCUAAUCGCCACUUAGCAGAGCUCCAGUUUCAUGCCCUCUAGCUGCUGAAGAUAAUAGACCAAUUAUCGAUACUCCAUAACAAGUCUACAGCUCGCGGGGCUAGUGAGUCCCCACGAGGCGCAAGAACCAGCUCCCGCAUCUCAGCAAUGUCGGAGAUUGAGGAGACGUUUAAGCGUGUGAGCUCCCAUAAAGGCGUCAUUGGGACUAUCGUCGUCAGCGCGGACGGCAUACCCAUCCGGACGACUUUCGACAGUGCGACCACCGUCCAGUACGCUGCGCUGGUGUCCAACUUGGCUCUGAAAUCGAAGAGCGUUGUCAGGGAUCUCGACCCGGAGAACGAGCUGACCUUCGUGCGCAUCCGGUCAAAGAAGCACGAGAUCAUGAUAGCACCAGACAACGGCUUCAUCCUGAUCGUGGUUCAAAACCCCAGCGUAGAGUGAUAGAACGGAAACGAAAAGCUAAGGGGCCGUUUGUGUACAGUAGACCGGAGCCAGACAUAUUAGCCGCCUACCAUUCUGCUUCAAUCUUGCUUUGUAGAUCUCUGCAACGUCACUCAAAAAGUUGUACAAUCCAAUAGGCUACUAGCACUCAAGGUGGACCGUCUCAAACAUCAUCUUCUCAAGGACGUCUUCGUUUGAAGGUUCUGACCGGCAA